AGUACUUGUAUGGGCUGCUACAACUUAUACGUUUUUGAGAAAAUCGAAAUAGAAGGAACGAACACUGCUUACCCGCAACCCACAAUAAAUAGUUAAAAAACUCAGUGAAGGAAUUUUUGGAUUUCCAGUCACUUAGCUUACAACAUCAGGAUAUAUGAUAAUUUAAUCGAUUCAUAAUAACUACACUUUUAAAGAAAAUAUGUUUGCCUGUUCGGAGAAAAAAGUAAAGCGAAGAUUUUCCUUCUUUGAGAAGUACCAGCAGCAGUCUUCUUUUAAGGGUGAGGCGGGAGAAAGGAAAGAGUGAUUGGUAAAGAGCGCUUGGUAGGGAAGGGGGAAGGAGAACGGAAUACGCACCCAUAGAAGUCUCCUUUUUAGGGAUGGGGCGAGCGAAAGGGAAGAGUGAAAGGCUAAGAGGUUGCGGGGGAAGGAUAAAGGAAUACGCAGAAAUUUCUGCUUUCACAGAACACAUGUAUCCCCACUAGCAGAUAUAAGGAAGACAUUCCAAAAUAUUUCUGAAUUUAUAAGUGUAAUUUCUUCCUUCCGUCCUUCCUGCAGUUAGUUUAAUCAUAAAUGAAAUGUUUAACUCUUUUACAAAAACUUCUCAAUAUAUCAAUGAACUAUUGAGCCCCUUUUUUUUUUUUAAAUCGCACUCAUGCUCUUACUUUGUGUCCAUUGUCUAAAGAGCUAAAAAUAUUCAUGGAUAACGUUCAAACAAAUGUAUUUGUUGACUGUUGUUAAUCAUAAAAUGAAAGUAUCAAAAAAGACACCAAUAAAUGCACUUGAAAAAAAAAAAAAGAAUUACUAAGCACACGUACACUUACUCAACUAUCAAGCCCCCCGCAAGGCACAGUGUAUUUAUAUAUUUAAUUUAGUAUGUGAGCACAUUUGGGGCUAUGAAGAAGCGAACAAAACUAAAUAAAUUGAAAUUUGCUAAGUGAGAGCACGAAGAGAUUGACGUGUGGUAAAUGAGCGGAAAGAGAAAACAAAGAAAUCGGUACUAGUACCGAUUAAGCAAACACUUACAUAAAUUCUCUCUCUUUCCCUUCAUUAGUAAAAGUUAAACUAAUCAGCGGAAUAAGCCAAGUGAUCAUAUUUAGUGAGCGAAAUUUCCGCAAUUCAAUAAGUUAGGGUUUUACGUUGAAUAUUGUUCGGUAAUAUAAUUAAGUGUAAUUAAAAAAAAAAAAAAAAAAAAAAAUUAACAUUUUCAAAAUACUUCUGUAAAAUUGCCUAGAAAAUAUGAAUUGGCGUAAAAACUUUAAUAAGAAACCUGAUAGUGAUCUGAAUAUGCAUAGUUUAGUGAAACAAGAUCCUCGCACAAAAGUGAAAACUACUAGUGCUCAAACGGAAACCACUAAUACCACUACACAUAAUGCUACGAUUUUUAAUAAUAAAACAGUUACUUUUCAAACCACCAAACAAACAAUUACAAAUACACAAAACGCACGCAUUACGGAGAUAUCUACGCGCCGAACCCCUACACCAGAGGAACUAGAAGAAAUGAUGCGUACUUUGCAUUUGCAGAAAAAGUCAGAAACACGAACUUUUACUACAUCUGCUUCCGUCCCAAAAACUAAUUCGCGACGUGCUCGACCUAACAAUCUCACAACUAUUCCUAAUUUAUCGGCGAAGAGUUCGACAAAAUUUAAAAGUUCUGCGUCACCGGUGUCGCGACUUAUCUUUAAUUAUGAGUCAUCAACAGACGAUACUCAUUCGAAAAGCCAUAAAACACCAACAUUAGUUAGAACGGAGGAAACAACAGUAACGCAGAAAAAUGGUCGAACAUUUACCCAACAUGUAGAAAAGAAACAUAUCAAAUUUAAGUUCCCCUCACCGAACUCUCCGCUAAAUCGAUCUAAUUAUACGGGAGAGGAUGGUUAUAAAUUCAGCAACGAUGCCAAAGCUGUUUUGCCGCCCACUACUUAUAGUCCGGGCAUGACGACAAAUACGUAUACCUCGCCGUAUACUCAAAGAAAUAUUGCUUCCUUUACAAAACCCAUUUCAACUAUUCCUAAAACAAUGACAACAUCGACAGCAACAAGAACGACACCAAGCACUAAAAGUAGUAAUAGUAGUAAUAGUUUUAAUUUCAGUAAAAUGCCGUCCGCCUUAACAGAACCUGUGGGAUCUUUAAAACUUGGCACCGUAAACACAUCUACUCCUAAUGUUAUGGCUAGCGGUAAAACAUUAACUACACCGCCGUUAAAGCCGGGCUAUGCGUACAUUUUUAAUAAUUUUGUUUUCGACAAUCCUAAUAAUGAGGAACGCGUGGGAAGUGCCGAGGAUGUGAAAGCGCUGCAAGACACAUUUGAAUAUUUCAAAUUAAAAGUCACUGUUAUCGAUAACGCUAAAGUUAACAAGAUACGUAAGACUGUGGAAAAAGUUCAAAAUAAAGAUUUUAGUGGUUAUGCUUGCUUAAUUAUUGUGAUACUUAGUCAUGGUUCACGUCAUGAAGAGAUUGCCGCCAAAGAUGGUCACUACUCGAUAGAUGAUGAUAUGUUAUUUCCUAUAUUAAAAAAUCGUUCUCUCAACGAUAAACCGAAAUUAUUUUUCAUACAAGCUUGCAAAGGUUCUAUGGAAACUUUGGGUCAAUAUAAGGACGCUGUACCUUUUCAAGCCGUUGGUAAUGCUAGUGAAAUUCUAAAAUGUUACAGCACUUUUGAAGGAUUUGUGUCUUAUCGCUCUGACAAAGGUUCAAUAUUUAUACAAACUUUAUGUCAAAAUCUUAAAUUAUUUGGUUGCACUAAAAACAUUAAAGACAUUAUGGAACUGGUGACGCAAAUUGUUAAACAACAGUCACAAAGUAAGCAAAUACCGGCCUAUACAAGCACCCUCACGAAACCUUUUGUGUUUGGCGAUUACGUGAAAUGGGUUCAGUAGAGCAAAAAUUAACCUCUUCACCAAAACUUAUUUGGAUUAAUUCGCAUUUAUAUUUGGCAUUUGGUUGAUGGGACAGACAAAAAUUUUACAUUAAAUAAUACUGAAGUACUAUUAAGGAAAUCUUUUUUUUUUUUUUCUAUUUAUCGCUUAUAAGUUUUUAUUAAAAUCGAAAAGGCAUUCGCUGCCUAAUUUCUUUAUAGAUAAUUAAAAAUAUAAUUAUAAAAAUAAAUGGUUAGCAAAGUAAUGUUUAAUCGUUUGUGACCAACAACAGACAAUGACUACAAGGGGACUAUUUUGAAUGGAGAAAGAAAGCCAUUUGUCAUAUAUGUAGCACUUCACAUCACUCUUGUGUUCCCUUCCACCAAGACAUGUGUCAGUAAAUCUGUCAUUAAGACAGGAGCUGUCCUUAUGAUCUCCUUUGUCAUAGUGCGUGGAAAGUUGCAAAGCAAAAACUUCCUCCAAAGAAUAUUGCAGUGUACUUAUAUAAGUUUUCUUUAUAAACAUAUGUUUUUAAAAUAAAUUUUUUUUUUGAAAAUCGAAUUAUU